AUGGCGAUGAUCGACGACUGCAGCAAUAAGGGUCUGGUGUAUGAGGAGGUUGACCUUGAUUCUGAGGUGUUCCACAUUCAAAAGUUCUUCGGUUCGAGGUUAAUAUCGUGUCGAUACUUCAAGUGCAUCAUGGGAAAGAAAAGCGGCGCGUCGUUCAGCAAACACGCGAAGACGGAUCAUGCAACUCAUCCGAAGCGAAGUUUGGAAGAACGUCAAACUCAUGGCGAAAAGCCAGGCUGGGGCAUAUCGAAGUUUGAAAUAGGCCGUUGUGUCGAAGCAAGAGAUGCAUCAAACGCGAAGUGGCUCAAAGCAGAAGUCGUUGACAUCAUGCGAUCCGAAAGUCUUGUUCGAAUCCACUUCUUAAGUUUAUCUCAGCUUUUCGAUGAAUGGAUUCAAGUUCCAAGUCCUCGCAUACGCCCUCUCAAGCAAGAUGCUGGUCCGAGUAAUUUUGUCGGACGGAUGUACAAAGAGAACGAGAUCGUGUUAGCGCCAUGGUUGAACAAGAAAAGAUUUCCUGCGAAGAUCGUAGAGAAGCUGGAAGGAAAUGACGAAGAACAAGCAGUAUAUCGUGUUCGGUUCGAAGAUGGGUUCAUAAUUGACGCAGUUGGUAGAGAUAUCCGACCGAUGGACCCCAGAAAGGCGAAAGAUAUCGUUUUCAGCAAAGAAGUCGUGCUUCGCGAAGAAAAGAAGCUAAUGUACGAACAGGUUGACAUCACAGUCGCACCUUCUCGCGAAGAACGUCGGCAGAAAUCGAAGCGCAUAAAUAUUUCUGAAGUGCUCGGCCUUAAACGGCGCUCCGAGUCCGUUUCAACUCCUUUGACUCAAAAUUCUCGUCUAGAAACGGAUGAGCUAUCAUCAGGAAGCGUGAUUCCAGGAAGAUCUGGAAACAAACGGGGUUCAAAGCGCCCAGUGCGUUAUUCCCCGACGAACAGUCCAAUCCCUCCUGCAUCGAAUGCUUCCACAGAUGCUGCUCUGUCCCAUUGGGGUAAAAAGCCGACAGAGGCGAAAGCAUUCCAAUCUGCGUCGGUGACGAAGAUUACGUUUCCAGUCGCAGAAAAGCUUGUGAAAUCUGAAACGGAAAUUGACGUCAACAUAGCUAAACACGUGUGGCAAGUUUCUGUGGAACAAUCUUCCGUCGUUGCUAAUGUUUCCGAAGCGGUUGAAGCAGCGGAACAAGCCGCAGGACCUCAAGUUCGCAGGAAAAGCGUUCAGCCGAGGAUUAGAGGUCGAUACUCUUCGUAUCCGAAGCCCGUCUCUGCGAUUCCGGCUCCUGAGGUAGAAGUGGCGCAUCCAAGCGAGUCUCCAAAACACGACAUGGAACCCGACCCAAGUUUCAUUCCGGGUACGAUUCCUGUGAAAGCUAUUCCGGAUUCUGAAGAGGUCACACCGGAAGGAAACGAGAAGCCAGCAGAUGUUGAGCAAGAAGAGCCCGCGAAGCAGACGAUCCAUCCGAGUGUCUUUGUCUUUACGCCGAAGACAAAAUCAACGAAAGAAGAGAAGAAAGUGGUGGAACAAAAGCCAGUUGCUCAACCCCAGGAAAACGUUUGUCCAGUUGAAAGCUGUCGGAAAUCGUUUCGUCGCGAAGACCUUCUUAUGAUGCAUAUCAAACACAAUCACUCGACGCUCAAGCAAGUUGUUGCAACUCCCAGUGUGAGCGAGAUGGCGGUGCACAUCCGGCCAAGUAGCUCGCCGCAGAAUGCUUCAGAAAUCGAUAAGAAUGUCUCUAUAGAGGCAGUCAUUGACGUGGAAGUGGGUAAGGAGGUGGGCAGCUGUAUUGCCUUUGUUCCUCAGACGGAGGCAGCUAUCCGUUCGGAGGUGCCGUUUCGCUUCGAGCUCGCUUUUGAAACGUUGCUGAGAGAUUGUGGAGGUAAAUGGAAAUUGUUUUGCCUGAAACUUGCUUUAAAAAUUCAGCUUUUAGCUCAGUUGAAAACCCCUCCUCAUGUGUCGUUAAAUAGAGGAGCUAAUGCUGCGCUUGUUGAAAUGCCGUCAUCGACGACGACGGACGUACCUGACGCAAGCGGUGGGAAACUGGAUUCAAGCGAUGUCCUUGUGGAACCCGCCCCGGACUCAUCGAUCAGUGUAGACGACAGGCAAGGAAAAAAGCCCGAUGUCGUUCAAGUCACCGAUGAUGUAUCAUUAUCGGAUGCCGGUGGAACCGAUUCAAUGGCGGAGACAGACACCACCACUUGCCCUUCUGCGCCUAGCACGAGUGCAACAGGCGACGUCGUCUGUUGCUCCUGUCGCUCGACCGCCUCUUACGGGCUCAUGAUUCAGUGCGACUCCUGUGAAACAUGGCAGCACGGAGCCUGUGAAAACCUCAUGGACGACACGGCGGUGCCGAAGCACUAUGAAUGCAAUACGUGUCGGAAUCCCCGUCUUCAGCGUCGAUCAAUGAAGUAUACGCACGAUGAGUCGUUCCUCAAGAGCGCCUCUUUGCCCAGCUUCUUCUUGGGCGAAGAAGUAACUGACGAGAGUGAAGACGACAAGAAGAGACGAGUGGCGGCGACCAUGAAGCUGAGCAAAAUUAUCGGACGUUUGUUGAAACUGCGCGAUUUGGAGAAAUCCGUUCAACACAAGAUCAACAUUGCCCAAAACCCAAAUCAUCCGAAGCUGGUGCAAUGGGCGAAACCCUGGCCAACGAUUGUCCGCGCUGUAACAUCUCAGGUUGAUGCGGCACCGUUGAGUAUCGACGAGAUGCGAUGCAUCGCCUCUGUGAUCGAAAGCAAGUUACAGUCGAACGAGAUUCAGUCUUCCGACGUGACAGAGAGCAACGCGAGGGACGCGGACCUGGACCUUGACAUUACUCAUUGGCUCGAGGAUCAGUCCGAUGUCGAAGCUGUGGCUUCUGUAUCGGACAACGCGCCGGAGUUCAAGGCCCCGGAGCUCAAACGCAUUGAGCCUAUGGAAUGCCAGGUCAACUUAUUCAACCACGUAGACGACCUGCAGACUAAGCUGCAGGAAGAGUACAAAGACGUUGAGAAUGCUCUUGACGAAGUGGAGAAAGAGUUGGCACUUCCCCACCUUUCUAUGAAGAGAAGUAAUGCUUUGAUGAAGUACAUGGCCAGUCUUCUGGAUGUUAUCGAAGGACGUGAAUGAACGGAGUUCACUUCUGGGAGAAUACUUCGCGUUCUUUUGGUUGAGGGAGUUGUCGUUUUGUAUAAUUUUGAGAACUACUUCAAUUUUUAAGCUGUACGAGGUUUGAUAGCAGAUUUGAAUUUGAUGUUUUUAUGGACCUGGUGGUUCAUGAGUGUAUAAUAAACUUUUUCUCGUCUUGGA